AUGGAGAAGGAAAAGAAGUUUCGCGUGAUUAUCGUCGGUGGGUCAGUUGCGGGUCUGACUCUCGCCCACUGCCUGGAGAGAAGCAACAUCGACUAUGUUGUCUUGGAAUCGCAUCAUGAUAUUGCACCUGAAGUAGGUGCUUCAAUUGGAAUUCUUCCAAAUGGUGCCCGCACCUUAGACCAGCUGGAUUUGUUCGACGAUAUCCUGGAUAUAAUCGAGCCUGUAGAGAGGGCCAUAACUUGGACGGAAACUGGGAAAAUUAUCACGGACACUGACGUCCCUCUUUUGAUGCGUGAGAGGCAUGGUUACCCUUUAUCAUUUUUCGAUCGGCGAACCCUGUUGGAGAUUCUAUAUGACAGAUUGGGAGAGAGUCAACAUCGAAUUCAUACCAACAAAAAGGUUGUCAAGGUGGACCACUUUCCAACAAAGGUCUUGAUCCACUGUGAUGACCAGUCGGUGGUUGAGGGUGAUAUCGUCGUUGGAGCUGAUGGUGUGAGAAGUACUGUGAGACAGCAGAUGUGGGACCACAUGGAGUCCAUUGGACUGGAAACGGAGGUGAAGAAGGAGAAAUCCCUCAUGACAUCCGAGUAUUCGUGCAUAUUUGGAAUUUCGACCGCAACUCCAGGUUUGGAAACUGGAGUAAUGCACCGGACAUAUGGAAAGGACUACUCGUCACUGACCAUUAUCGGCAAAAACGGUCGUGUUUUUUGGUUCCUGUUUACCAAACUUGACAGAGUCUACUCUAGCACCGAAAUACCUCGAUUCAGUAAAGAGGACAUGGAGAAGCAGCUCACUCAAUACUCUGACAAGCCAAUCAGUGAUACAGUUCCUUUCUCCGCAGUUCAUAAAAACGUGGUGACCAAGAGCUUCUUAGCUCUGGAAGAAGCCUGCUACACGCAAUGGUGCAUGAAUCGAUUUGUUUGCAUUGGAGACUCUGCUCACAAGAUGACUCCUAACUCGGGCCAGGGUGGCAACUGCGCAGUGGAAAGCGCUGCAUCACUAACAAACUAUCUAGCUAAGUUGACCGAGAACUCCAACGGAAAAGUUCCCCUUGAAGAAAUCAGAAGCAGUCUGAAGGCAUGGCAAACAGCACGACAACCGAGAGCGAGAGAAAUUAGUGCCAAGGCAAAUGAUCUAACCCGACUGGAAGCCUGCGCAACACCAAAGAACCGACUGAUUGGAUUGUAUCUACUGCCUUACCUGAACGACUAUAUCAUAAACCGCCAAUCUGCAUCACUCGGCGGAGCAGAAAAGCUCGAUUCUAUCUCACUACCCCCAAGAGCACUCAACUGCACGAUGCCACUUCAUCUUAGCCCAUGGAAGUCGGACAAACCCCCAGUUUGGAAACGAUUACUGUGGACUUCUCCCCUGGCUGGAUGCUAUGCAGCCGCAAAUACCACCAUGGGAGCUGUGGCCGAAGGAAUGAGACCACAUCUGAUCUCAUGUCUUCGCCAGGGUUCCUGGACGUCUAGCAAUGGAGAGACUCUUAGUCUAGCCAGGUCGUUGUACAGCAUUCCUUUCUUGGACAGAGCAUUAUCGCCCAUGGUCACUUGCUUCCUGCCCUCUAUCAGUGGGUCUGAUGCAGUCUCUUACUCCCAAAUGUUCUCUUUUAUGGCUGAUCUUGGUCCGGUCUACGCAAUUUGGCUGCUUGAGAGCUAUCGUCAAGGAAAAUCCAGAUUCGAAGUUAUUCUGCCCGUGGUAGCAGGAGUUGCUUUCCAGUUGAAAGGAAUCGGAAAGAUUGCUCCUCUAUAUCUCGCAUUCGAAUACAUCCGAGCCCCUCUAUCUUUGAAAGGAGAUAAUUCAAACAUCAAAAUACAUGCCUUGAAAUCACUUUUACCCGCUAUGCUGGCUGGCUACUACAUCCCAACAUUCGCCAAUUUCUUUGCUUCGACUGUUGAAUCUCGUCGCUCCUUCAACGCCAUCUGGCAAUUAUUCCCGGUGGUCGUUCCCCUGCUUCAAAUCCCAUUCCGCCUUUUGACGAAGGCUGCAUCCAAGUGUGAAGCAAAAAAAAAGACUGCGUGUCGGAAAACGAAUAUGCUCUGGGUCCGUUGCACGUAUGGUUCUUUGGCUGCGAUCUCGGGCUUGUCGUUCAUUUAUGCGCGGUGGGCUGCUCCUCCAGGUACUUCCUUCGCCAGUAUCUUUUUACCCGGUCUGUUUGACUACACUCGACCUGUUUCCACUUUUGCUGAAGGCAUUGCUCGGUUCCUACAGUAUGAUGAGAUCUUGUCUAUGGGUGCUGGCUUUGUCUGGAUGGGGCUUAGAUUCCGGGAGCUACAAAAAUCUGAAGCACCUGUUUCGUGGUGGAAAUCAGUGGGUGCUUUAGUAGGAACUACUAUCACUCUUGGUCCUGGUGCGGCAUUGGCACUGGGUUGGGGAUGGAGAGAGGAGGUCUUGGCCAAAAUCUCGGCCGCUGAGGAUGAAAACUCAAUGUAA